UAUCCCUUCUCUAGUUCCACACUGUUUCUGUUUCUUCUUCGGUUAGGAGAAGAAUACUCGAGAAAUUAGUGCGUGAAGCGGGAAUUGUCAUAAAAUGAUAGGAAGCAGAUCAAUGAUGCUGCUGUUAUCAGUAGGAAUUUUAGCAUGUUUGGGUGCUUUUAUGGUAGUGGAAGCAGAGGAUCCAUACAUAUAUCUCACCUGGGUUGUUACCUAUGGUACCAUUGCGCCUCUUGGCAAACCUCAACAGGGUAUUCUCAUCAACGGACUGUUCCCUGGUCCAAGACUUGACUGUACCACUAAUAAUAAUGUUAUCAUUAAUGUGAUUAACAAGAUAGAUCAACCAUUCCUCCUUACAUGGAAUGGGAUCAAGAACAGGAAGUCUUCGUGGCAAGAUGGAACCCUUGGAACUAAUUGUCCAAUCCCGCCAGGCCGUAGCUUCACAUACCAUGUUCAAGUUAAAGAUCAAAUCGGAACAUUCAUGUAUUUCCCUUCCACACAAAUGCACAAAGCAUCCGGUGGAUUCGGAGGAAUUAAUAUAUAUAGUCGUGCCAGAAUCCCUGUCCCGUAUGCAAAACCAUCUGGUGAUUUUCAUUUGCUUCUUGGUGACUGGUACAAGGCUGGCCAUAAGACAUUGCAGAGAACUUUGGAUUCAGGCAGAAAGCUUGCUUUUCCUGAUGGCUUACUGAUCAACGGGAAAAAUAAAGGAAUUAAGUUUACAGGAGAUCCAGGGAAAACCUAUAUGAUUAGAUUAUCAAAUGUUGGUUUGUCAACUUCAAUCAACUUUAGGAUUCAAGGUCAUAAAAUGAAGUUGGUUGAAAUGGGAGGGUCUCAUACAAUUCAAACCACGUAUGAUUCUCUCGAUAUCCAUGUCGGUCAAUCACUCGCGGUUCUUGUUACGUUAAAUCAGCAAGCUAGAGAUUACUUUAUCGUUGCUUCUUCACGAUUCACCUCCAAUGUUCUCACUUCUACAGGAUACUUAAGGUAUUCGAACUCCAACGUUAGAGCUUCAGGUGCUUUGCCAGCUGGUCCUAGAGCUACAGAUGUUACCUGGUCUGUUAAACAAGCUCGAAGUUUCAGAUCCAAUUUGACAGCGAGUGCAGCGAGACCUAACCCUCAAGGGACGUACCAUUAUGGUACCAAAAAGAUAGCGAAAACGAUUCAGUUAUCGAACUCAGAAGCUAAAAUUAAUGGAAGACUACGGUAUGCUAUUAACGGGAUGUCUUAUGUAAACCCAUCAACUCCACUGAAGUUAGCAGAUUGGUUCAACAUUCCUGGAGUAUUCAACUUACAAACUUUCAACAAAAGAAGAGCUACUGCUCCUGCUAGAUUGGCAACUCCUGUUAUUGGAGCUUUGCUUCAUGACUUCGUCGAAAUCAUCUUUAGUAACACCGAAAACACCAUUCAAUCUUGGUACCUUGCUGGAAACGACUUCUGGGUAGUCGGGUAUGGACCUUUGAAGUGGACACCAGCACAAAGGAAACACUACAAUUUAGUGGAUGCUCCAUUGAGUUACACAAUUCAGGUGUACCCAAAGUCGUGGACUGCAAUAUUAUUGCCAUUAGACAACAAGGGAAUGUGGAAUUUAAGGUCUCAAAUCUGGCCAAGACGGUAUUUAGGACAGGAAUUGUAUGUUAAAGUAUGGAACAAUCAGAGGAGUCUAUACACUGAGUAUGAUAUUCCUAAAAACGCACUUCUAUGUGGAAAAGCCAGAGGUAAACAUGUCUAGUUUUGUCCGUGUUACUUGUAAUACUGCUGGUAUUACUCUUUCUAUUCCAAGUAAGCUAAUUACCUCUAUUAGUUACUAUUUUUCUACCAAUUAGUAUCAUCUACUACCACAAAUAUUGUAAGUGGUCAAUUUUUUCAUUUUAUUUUUUAUUUUUAGUGGUCACAAUAGUAUGACCUGUUAAUAGUGCAUGAAGGAAGCCCGAGUUGUUGUUUUUGUAUCACUCUGUUAGCCUGUUUCAAAGUGUAUCUCUAUUAAUCACAUAAAAAUUCAGCCUUUUCUUCCA